AUGCUGACAGCGAACAGGUCGGUUGAAAACGCUGAGAGCGGCGAGAGGGACCUGACCAAGUCCGCGCCCGAUCUUACUGAGAAAGUCAGUAGUGGCGGCCUGGGCGAUGGGCGUCACAAACACCGUCAUCACCACCAACACCACCAGGGCAGACGCAAUUCCGCGGGUCCCAAGAGCCGCUCCUCUGCUCGAAAAGGCGGAGAAGAGCCGCGCUCGACGACGUUCAUGAGCAAGGUGCUCGACAAGUUCAAGAAAAAGGAUAAGGCCGUCAAGCAGGGGGGAGCGCCAGCUGGUGAAAAGGAGGCCGACGCGGAAGAUGUCGAGCCUAGGAGGCACCUGCCUCCCGUCUACCUCACCUGCGCCGACGAUUUGCCCAAGGAUAUGAGGAAAUCAUUGAAAGCCUCGAAGCUUACCGAAGCCGAGAUCCAGAAUAACUUCGUAAUUUUGCUGCAUUGCUUCCACUUCCUCACCAAGAGAUCGUUUGUCUACACGCCCAGCCCGGAGGCGGAGCCCAUCAACAUUGGGCGAACGAAGAACAAGGACAGGACCAAGGACAGGCGGGACACCAUUCCUUCCUCGGAGGCACUUCUGACUGACGGAAUUGUCAAGAAGGACGUUAAAGUGCAGGAGGUGGUUGGUGAAGGUGGAUUUGGCCGCGUUUACAUGGCUAAGAACUUGAAGGGGAAGGGUCGGGUUGCGGUGAAGAAGAUGAAGCACGUGAAUCCACGCGAUCAGUUCCGCAAUCUGAGCGAAGUUCACUUCCUCAAGAGGGUGGACCACCCCAACAUCGUGCGAUUUAUCUCGGCCUACACCACUCUGGACGAGCUCUGGAUCGUCACCGAGUUCAUGGAGGGCGGCACACUCUCGCAGGCGAUCAAAGGCUUCGAAUUCCAGGAAAAGCAGAUAGCGUUUGUGGCCAAGGAGAUGCUCCAAGGGAUCUUCUACCUGCAUCAGAACAAGCUCAUUCACCGGGAUUUGAAGAGCGCGAACAUCAUGAUGACCACGCAGGGCGACGUUAAGCUCAUCGAUUUUGGUCUGUGCCUGGACUACGCGGUGCAGGGUGACAAGCGGUGUCACAUGGUGGGCAGUCCCUUCUGGAUGCCACCGGAGAUGAUCAAGAGGCAGCAGUACAGCUACCCCGUCGACAUCUGGUCCUUUGCCAUUUGCCUUCUUGAGCUGGCGAAUGGACAGCCUCCAAACAGGAAGUCCUCCCUCAAGGCGAUGUUCACGGCGGGAACCGAGGGCUACCCCAAGCCGUUCAAGAACCCCGCACAGUGGACGAGGGACUUUAAGGACUUCAUGAGUCGGUGUCUCCAAUCCGAUCCCGAGGAGCGUGCAACUGCGGAAGAGCUACUUCAGCACCCAUUUUUGGCCAAAGCCGACACGAGGAAGGGCAUGAAGAAGAUUUUGUCACACAUCUUCUUGCAGAAUACCAUGGAGAUGAUGAACCUUGGCGGUAUCUAG